CGCUAGCUCUCUCCUUGUCGAAGCAGAGACGAAUUGCGUGUUUCGUGCUCGCUGUUUAUCCCGCUUUCUACUUUUCCGGUUGGUCUUUCGGGCGAGUUGCCGGCGUCGGUCUGAGUUUUUCCGGUGAGGCGGAGUCUUCCGGCGCGUUUUGCUGAUGACGGAUAUCGGUUUACGAACUCUUUACGAGCUUUUUCCCGCCGAGUUUAGCUUGUUUGUUGCUGAAGAGCUCUGAAAUCUCUCACAGUCUGAGUUUUGAUGACUACCUGCGGAGUUAAGCUUCAGGAUCUCAGGGAGCAUGAUUACAUAGGAGUUUCGGAGAGUUCCUCCAUGGAAGGAUCUGGAGUCCCUUCUUCAAAGGCGAACGGACAAGAAGAAAUCAUGCUGAACCUCAAAGAGACUGAAUUAAGGCUCGGGCCUCCUGGGUCUGGUUCUCCCGAGAGGAAGACUGAGCUAAGUUUGUUGGGACCUCCCAAAGUUGAAGAGAAAGGCCAAAACUUUUUGUCAUCUCUGAAGAAUUUUGGCUCUGGUGCUAAGAGGGGGUUUCAUGCCACAGUUGAUGGUUCGAAGGCAGAGGGUAAGUGGGUGCUUUCCGACCUGGGAGGCGAGUUUAAUAAGUCUAAGCCAGCUCCACUGGAUGGAUUUAUUGGGGCUGCCCUUGGCGGGAAGGCUGGUACAAAGCCAGGGCUUGGACCAAAUUGGCACAAUGGCGGAGGGCUGGAUCACUUGCCAUCAUCCUUUAAUUCCCCCAGAGCAAGCGCUGCAGGAAAGCAUUUAGCCGCUAUGGACGGCUGUCAAGCAGCAACUUCUGGUGUGUCUGUCAAAGAUCCGGCAGCCAAAGAGAAAGGUCAUGAACCCAAGGUUUCUCCUGCAGAUGACCCUUCCGUUGCGCCUGCUGCCAAGGCUCAGGUUGUAGGUUGGCCGCCAAUCAGGUCGUAUAGGAAGAACACCAUGGCCUCGAAUCCCACCAAGGCCAACGCGGAAGCCGAGAAACCCAGCUCGCAGUGUCUGUAUGUAAAGGUCAGCAUGGACGGUGCUCCGUAUCUUAGAAAAAUCGAUUUGAGAAACUAUCGCACCUAUCAGGAACUUUCCGCAGCACUAGAGAAAAUGUUUAGCUGCUUUACUAUUGGACAGUGUAGCUCAAGCGGGGGACCAGGCAGAGAUGGUUUGAGUGAGAGCAGGCUGGUGGAUCUUCUUCAUGGAUCGGAGUACGUCCUCACUUAUGAAGACAAGGAUGGAGAUUGGAUGCUUGUAGGAGAUGUUCCCUGGGAGAUGUUUACUGGCUCGUGUAAAAGGUUGAGGAUCAUGAAGGGCUCCGAGGCAAUUGGGCUCGCCCCAAGGGCCACGGAGAAAGGCAAGAACCAGGACUAGCCUCGUAAAGACAGGCUGCUUUCUGCUCCUCUAUCAAGUGCUCUCUGUACGUUCUCCUUGCCAGAGAGCAGUUAGCAGGGAAGCAGAAAAAAGGGAAAAGACGGAGAUUCUCUAUUGCCAUCGAAGAAGCGCGGGAGCAUGAAGCGGACUAUCUGGAGGCUGAAACGAAAGUUAAAGGUUUGAUGAUCCUGAGUACUUUAGCUGCUGCCACUCUUCCCUGCUUCAAGCCAAAAGGGUGAAAGGAGGGAGAACUGUUGCCCUUUGUCGUCCUUGCGUUUUUUUUUUUUUUUUUUGUCUUAGCUUUCUGUAGUUUUGUUUCCCGCUGGACUACUUCCUUCUCAGUCUAGUUUUUGAAAUUUGUAUCUUCUGCUAUGUAUGAAGCGCCCUUCUGAACAUCUAUGUCAUGUAAAUGCUGGAAUGCUUGUUCCUAUCUUCAUUUUUGUUCCUUAAAUAAUGAAGAAGGCCUUCUGCAAUCUCUC